AUGAGCGACCCGUACUACACUGGCUAUGCGCGACCAAAGUCGGCGGUGGGCCCCGUCUUCCGCGGCUUCGUUAUCGGCCUCGGCAUCAUCUGCUUCCUCGCCUCGCUAGGCUGGGGCGGGUACCGCAUCGCCAUCAUCGCCAUGUUCCUAGCCGCGGACGGCACGCCGACCGGCACGUGGGUGUGGACGCUCGGCACGCUCAUCGAGGGCAUCCUCCUCGGGCUGGUCAUCGCGCCUAUCGCGCUCACGGCGGUGAUUUUCGCCGGCAAGCGCACCCCCACGAAGCGGUGGCGCUGGAUCACGACGCUGGUGGUCGGCAUCGUCUGCGCGUGCAUCAUCAUCGGCAUGCGCGCAGGCUCAAAGGUCGAGGUGGAGAAGUUCUGCAAGCGCGUUUCGGUCUACUACACCGAUUACUGCAACAGUAUCUGGGGACCGGGUAUGGGCAUCAGCGCGGGCGUCGCCGUCGGCAUCCUCCUGUGGACUAUCUUCUUCACCGUCUUCUUCCACAAGAACCAGGCCGUGGGCGGCGCCGCAGGCCACGUCCCAGUGGGCAUGCAGCCGCUCAUCAACCAGCCGUACCCGUUCGCGAACCAGGGCUACUCGAACGCCGAGGCGGCGUACGCUCCCCCGCCGCAGCAGACGGCAUACGACCCGUACGUGUCCACAGGGCAGUACCCCUACCCCACGCCAUACGGCAACACGUACGGCGGCAACCGCGAGCUCGACGACAAGGACAGCGUGCACUCUGGCGCCCAGUCGUUGGGCUACGCGCAGGGCGGUGGGCACGGGUAUGCUAGGUAG